AUGUGCGCCCUCCGAGCUAACCUGGAUAAGUCGGCUGCAAAGAUGGCGAAAACACAUGCGAGCGAAUCCGACAAGACCGCAUUCACUUUUGUCGUCGUCUAUGGAUUGAGACCGAGUAUUAUGGCCGAGCAGCUUUGUGUCGGCACCUUGACCUUUGUCAACCAACGACGUCGUAUCGUGUUCGAAGAUGCAAUGAGUAUCUGGCCCAAACAAGAGAUCCAGCUGGGAUGUAGGCAACUUCAACAGCUUGUCGAUGAUUACGACCAACAAGUAUCCUACCACCAUCUGGUCCUUCGAUGUGUGCAGUUCGACGAAGACGCAGCAGCCUGGAACGUUGCUCCCAUGGUCUAUGCCGAAGAUCUGUCUACAAAUGGGACCACACUCGCUCGUGAAUGUGCCGCUGAAGAUGGAUCAACAGUCCGACUUGAUCAUCAACUUACCAAGUCAUUGGGCCCUGUGCUUCUUCGAGACGGUGAUUGUCUACACCUCUCAAAAUCAACCUUUGUGCAGUACCACGAGCUCAAUUCCAACAGUGAGCUCAACAUGUCGUUCAUCAUGGACUGUGAAGUCAAGCGUUUUCAACAAGACUUUACCAUUCAUCCUCGUCUCAUCGGUGCUGGUGGUCAAGGUCAAGUUUUUGUUGCAUGCGAUCGUAGCGCUGGUCAACAAGUAGCGUGCAAAGUUGUCUCUUUGGCCGGUGUCGACCUGAAAGGCGACCAAGAUGCAAAUGAGGCCUCAAUCCAAGCCGCAUCCAACCGCGCUUCGAGGAUGCAAUCCAUCAAGCUGCUUCGCAAGAUACACCGUCUCGAGGUUGAGUAUGAGAUUCUCAAGGAUCUCAAUCACCCAGGCAGGAUCUCGCGCAUGUUCUCGACUUGUGGAACGUACGGGUUUACAGCUCCUGAGAUCAACAGGCUCAAUCCCACCAUGGCAGAGAACAAAGGCUACAGCAGUGCCAUUGACCUCUGGUCAGUCGACUGCGUCAGUGCACUCAUGUUGACCGGCAGUCUCGCCUUCAAUCACCGAGAUGGCGACCAAGACAUUGGCCAGAUCAACUCACGCUCUGUCAGCGCUUAUGACUUGACCCAAAUUGAACAAGGCGAGCAGAGCUGGGAGGGAGUGCCGAAGAGAGUGAGGGAGUUUGUCAGUUCUCUUCUCACAUUGCAAGAGGACAAGCGCUUAACAGCCAAGAAAGCGCUCGAGCACUCCUGGUUCACCAACCAUAUCUGCACUGAUAGAUUCGACGCCAUAUACGAGAUGGCCAUCGGCGAUUGGAAGCCAAGUCCUUCACUCAAGGGAGACAUUGUCGUCAACAUCGACACCAGCGACAUUGUCAUUCCUGCCCCAAGCGCUUCGCAAAUUGUUCGUCAACGAUCUGAGUCUGCAGUCGUCCAGUCAAAGUUCUUCCAAGCGCAGGAAGAAUACGAUGAUAACCAGAUGGAUAUGUCCUCAACCCCUGGUCGGUUUACCGAGCAAGAGCUAGACAACGACCCCGUCCUAGCCGCCAGCCCAGCAUCUCAACCAUCGGAGACCUUCGAAGCACUGCCUCUGAACACUGCAGCUCAGCCUAAACUAUUCUACUCACAUACCUCACUCUACUCUAAACUGCCCCCUCGAUCUUCUGGUCCGGACCAAGACCUCGAUGUUCUGCAGCCAUCCGCACGAUUUCGCCCGCCAAAGUCCUCAGACCCUGAUCAAGACCUCGAUUCCUUGAAACCAUCAGCACAACUCGGAAAGUUGCAGGCGUCGCCAGAACUUACGUGGCCUUCAUCGCCGCCGAACAAACGCAAGAUGCGUUUGCCUUCUCCCGAGUUUCCUUGGCUCUGA